GAAUUGUUAAUUCUUUAUGAGGAAAUAAAGUUCUUUAAACCUAACCUAGACCCAAACAGUUAUUAGUGGCCUUCUUCGUAAGAGCAAUAGUCACGCAUCUUGACUCAAUUUAAGUCCAAGUGCAUUGCAAAUAGCGGGCAUCUUACCCCGCACUUUACAAUUUGAUUUUUCCAUAUAUGAGAUACUAGUGAUCCGCCCCGGCUUCGCACGGGUAGCAUUUAUACAUAUAAAACAUCUAAGCAAACAUAGACAUAUGAACAGACGUGGGAAAGCGACAUUGCUUUAUACUAUGUAGUCGAUAGGACUAAUAUAUCGAUUAUCGACUACGUAUGUACCACUAUCAAAACGAACUGUGACGAUGUUGAAGUUGACGUUUGGAUAUUAGUGUCUUGUCUUGUUUUGUUUGUGAAGGUUUAUUCUAUAUUAUUUUCCAUAUUUUUUUUUAAUUUUGAACGUGGUUUGAUAAAAUGAAGCUAUUUUUAUAAGUUCCUAUCAUUUAAUUGAUAUUUCGAGAUUUUCAUAAAGUUAAUAAGGUAGGUUAGGUGUGUGUUUCUAUUCCGAGAAAAACUAAUCCAGGAAUAUACAACUAAAAUGGGACCGCCAAAGAAAUUUAAAAAAUAUGACUCGAAACCAGGAAGUGAUAGAUCAAGUAAAAAGAAAAAAGUUGAAGAUGAUAAUAUGACAAUAGAUUUGGUUGAAGAUGAUAACACAGAGAAUGUUGGAGUGCCAGGGGCAGCCAUGCAAGAUGCUGAAAAAAAUGAUCAACAAGUCCCUGAAGAUGAAUUUGGAGCUAAAGAUUAUAGGAAUCAGAUGACACUAAAGCCUGACAAUGCGAGCCGGCCUCUCUGGGUGGCUCCAAAUGGCCAUAUUUUUUUGGAAGCCUUCUCACCAGUCUACAAACACGCACAUGACUUCCUAAUUGCUAUUUCUGAACCAGUCUGCAGGCCACAACAUAUUCAUGAGUACAAGCUGACUGCAUACAGUUUAUAUGCGGCGGUGUCUGUGGGCCUCCAAACUGCAGACAUCAUUGAAUAUCUCCAAAGGUUGAGCAAGUGCGCCGUGCCUGCGGGAAUCAUAGAGUUCAUAACAUUGUGCACAUUGUCUUACGGAAAAGUGAAGCUUGUUCUUAAACACAACAGAUAUUUAGUAGAGAGCAAGCACGUAGAAGUGCUUCAAAAAUUGCUGAAAGAUCCGGUGAUACAACAAUGUCGGCUGCGGCGAGACGGAGACGACGAUCUGUUGGCGUCCGCGCUUCCUAACAAACCUGCCACAACCGCAACUAAAACUAGCGAGGACAAGCCAGCAGCCGCGAACGGCAGCGUCCCCGACGACAUCAGCCAGUUCUACCAGCAGCUGGACAAGGACGACGACGAGGACGAGGUCACUGACAUCUCGUCCAACACCGCCGUGGCCUUCGAAGUUGACCCCGACAAGAUUGAGGUGAUACAAAAACGAUGUAUCGAGUUAGAGCAUCCUCUGCUGGCCGAGUACGAUUUCCGCAAUGACUCGGUGAACCCCGACAUAAACAUUGACCUGAAGCCUACGGCGGUGCUACGGCCCUACCAGGAAAAGAGUUUGAGAAAAAUGUUCGGCAACGGACGUGCGAGGUCCGGUGUGAUAGUGUUGCCGUGCGGCGCGGGCAAGUCUCUGGUCGGCGUGACGGCCGUGUGCACGGUGCGGAAGCGAGCGCUCGUGCUGUGCAACUCCGGCGUCUCCGUGGAACAGUGGAAGCAGCAGUUCAAGUGCUGGUCCACCGCCGAUGACAGCUGCAUCUGCCGGUUCACAUCAGAAGCGAAAGACAAGCCAAUGGGCGCGGGCAUCCUCAUCACCACUUACUCCAUGAUCACUCACGGGCAGCGGCGCUCGUGGGAGGCCGAGCAGACCAUGAAGUGGCUGCAGGCGCAGGAGUGGGGGCUGGUGGUGCUGGACGAGGUGCACACGAUCCCCGCCAAGAUGUUCCGCCGGGUGCUCACCAUCGUGCACUCGCAUGCCAAGCUGGGUUUAACAGCCACACUGCUGCGCGAAGACGACAAGAUAGCGGACCUGAACUUCCUGAUCGGGCCCAAGCUGUACGAGGCCAACUGGCUGGAGCUGGAGCGCGCCGGCUACAUCGCGCGCGUGCAGUGCGCCGAGGUGUGGAGCCCCAUGACGCCCGAGUUCUACCGGGAGUACCUCAUACAGAAAAUAAACAAAAAAAUGUUGUUAUACGUGAUGAACCCGUCCAAAUUCCGCGCGUGCCAAUUCCUAGUGCGCUACCACGAGAAACGGGGAGACAAAACUAUAGUUUUCUCCGACAACGUGUUCGCGUUACGACAUUACGCCGUCAAGAUGAACAAACCCUAUAUUUAUGGACCCACGUCGCAAAACGAGAGAAUACAAAUCUUGCAAAACUUCAAGUUCAAUCCGAAAGUGAACACGAUAUUUGUCAGCAAAGUCGCGGACACGAGCUUCGAUUUGCCAGAAGCGAAUGUCUUGAUACAGAUCUCGUCGCAUGGCGGCUCGAGAAGGCAGGAGGCGCAACGGUUGGGUCGUAUUUUGCGUGCGAAGAAAGGCGCCCUAGCAGAAGAGUACAACGCUUUCUUCUAUACGCUCGUAUCCCAAGACACUCUCGAGAUGGCCUACAGCAGGAAAAGACAGCGUUUCUUGGUCAACCAGGGGUACAGUUAUAAAGUUAUUACAGAACUGAAAGGCAUGGAUCAAGAACCAGAUUUAUUUUAUGGUACUCGUGAGGAGCAAGGAAUGUUGCUGCAGCAAGUGCUGGCGGCAUCGGAGACGGAGUGCGAGGACGAGCGCGAGCCGGGCGCGGGCGGCGCGGGCGGCGCGCGGCGCGGCGCGGGCGCGCUGUCGUCGCUGGCGGGCGCCGACGACGCGCUCUACUUGGAGCACCGCCGCAACGCGCAGCACAACAAGCAUCCGCUCUUCAAGAAGUUCCGAUACUAACUGGCUGGUUGCGGUGCGCGGUGAUGAUGAGUUCAAAAAAAGAAUUAAAACUACGGACGAGAAUGGUAUACCGGAGUGGGCGAUAGUAGAGCUUCAAGGCCUCAUCCAGUUGAAGAAGGAGAACCCGUCGGGAGUAACGGUGGCCGGAGACUUGCACUACUUCAACAGAAACGGCC